AUGUAUUUCAGGCGUUCACGGACGAUACGGAUUCCACAACGUGAGGCAAAGCCAGUAGUGCCGGAAUCCUUUCAUGCGCCGGCAGUGGAAGGUUUACCGGCGUGGUACCAACAACUGCUGGUGAGGCCACCGAUUGACCCAUACGUAGUUAUUCGAAAUGCUGAUGGGUCAAUCACAAUUGGCUUCUGUCAAAAAUGCGGCCAUUUCGUCGAUAUGCCGCAUGUUCGCUCUGAUGACGAAAUUACAGUCAUGAUGGAGCUACAUGCUUUGGAAUGGUGCCCUAGGGCCACGAAGGCUGUUAUGAAUGACAGAGCUAUUAAACGACGAAGACUUGAGUUGGUGCACAAUAAUAAUGAAAUCUCUACCCAAGCCGCAACUCAAUCGAUGCACCAAUUCAAGAACCAUCUCUGUCCAAGCAGCUCAUUUCAUGUUUUUCUUCUCCUUGCGCAGGUAACCUAA